CACAUUGAACAAACUGACAGCUUUUCCUCAAUUAUGACACUUCUAGGGGGGCUGAUAGCCCCCUCACUGGCUUGGAGACAAGUCUCCUCAAUUUUGACAUCAUCCUCAAUCAGGAUAUAAUCAGGAAUCUCUUUCUUAAUUGACACUGAAGCCAUUUCUUUUUGGUUAUGUUUGCGUGUAUAAUGUGUUGUCUAAAUUUAGGCGGCAAUUUUAAAUUCUCUUAAUAAUCAAAAUUUUAAUUAGUAAUUGAAAUGAUAAUACUAUCUUGACAUCAAUUCUAUUUAAGCGAUUAAAUACCUGAAAUUUUGUAGUACUCGUCAUGGACCCUUUAAGUGCAAGCAGUUACAAUCUAAGCGCCCAACGAGACACCCGACUCGACUUCACUGCUAGUACAAAAUCACUGAGUCAAUAUGAACAACGCAACUUCAAAAAUCUUUCACCUCAAAUUAUUGCAGCAGUCAUUGCAACGUCAAAUCACAUCGUUGUGGGCAUAGCCCUUGCAUAUUCGGCGGUUUUGAUCCCCCAAUUGGAGAGCAGUAGUGAUAUUCCGGUAACUAAAACGGAAACGUCUUGGAUUGCGAGUGUUUUAGCCCUUGUGGCCCCCUUCGGGUCAAUUUUAAGCGGCUAUUUGAUGGAUAAGUGGGGCCGAAUCGCAGUUUUGAAACUAUCAGUAGUGCCAGGGGUGAUUGGUUGGGUGCUCCUUGCGACUUCAGGGAGCGUCCCCAUGAUUAUAAUUGGGAGGAUUUUUUCAGGCCUUGCCUCUACCUUAUCAACAAACCCCGCCGUGGUUUACAUAACAGAAAUCGCGCGGAAAGACAUGAGGGGGUCACUGAUAGCGUUGGGGCCCACCUACGUGUCUUUGGGGAUGGUAAUUGCAUAUUUCAAGGGUUGGUUAAUAAAUUGGAGGCUGAUAGCUUGGCUUUGCAACAUUUACCUAAUCAUUCCGUUUUGUCUCAUAUUUUUGAUACCCGAAAGUCCGAUUUGGUUGAUUUCCAAAGGGAGGGUUGAAGAGGCCCGAAAGGCCCUAAACUGGUUCCAUAAAUACCAACCGCAGCCCCCAAACCAGAGUAAAACUUUCGCCGAAAUGCAACUCAAUCUUCUGGUGAAAGAAGACGAAACGAAGAAAAGUGACCCCCAAGAUGGGGGCAACGUCAUUCGCGAGUUUCUCAAACCCACUGGUUAUAAGCCCCUUUUGAUCCUUUCCGGUCUUUUUUUCUUCCAACAAUACUCAGGGAUUUACAUUUUUCUCUUUUACUCAGUCAGUUUUUUCGAGAAUGUUGGCACCACUGUGAAUCCCUACAUCGCGUCGAUCUUGAUCGGAGUGAUAAGACUGAUAAUGUCGCUUUUGAACACUUGGAUGCUCCAGCGUUUCAACCGGAGACUCCUGAUAAUGAUAAGUGGGUCCGGGAUGGCGGCCGCCAUGUUGGUUUCCGGGUUGUUCACUUCCUGGAUCAAGGAUGGUACCACUAACUUGACAUGGGUUCCCGUGUUGUUCCUCCUGUUUUACGUGGUGGCGUCCAUGGUGGGGUUAUUGACAAUACCAUGGACCAUGACCGCUGAAUUAUUUCCAUUAAAAAUCCGGAGUAUGGCUCAUAGUAUUUCUCUUAGUGUUGUCAACAUGAUUAUGUUUUUUGCCGUGCAAAAUUACGUCAAUAUGGAAAUUGCCUUGGGUGGCUCGGCGGGGGUUCAGUGGUUUUUCUCCGGGCUCUCCCUCGGGGCCGUUAUCUUCACUUUUGUGUUCCUCCCGGAAACGCAUAGGAAGAAACUGUCCGAAAUUGAAGAUUACUUCAAACACAAUAGCAUUUAUCUUGGACAGAAGACAAAGAAGGAGACGCGGGCUGUUAGCGACAACAACGAAAUUGAUAAUUUAAUAAAACAUGUUUGA